UCUCCAACGAUCGCACAUUUACUAUCACUCGGUAAUUCAAACAAAGCGGUUCGUGGCGGAAUCAAAAUUCUUAAAAAAUAACAAGGGAAUAUCGAACGCAGUCUUUUCUACCGGCAUUGUCGUGAACGACUAUUUUUGCAAAUCGGUGUCUGUGUUUUGUUAAUUUGUUGUAAAAUGCUUACGAACUAUCUGCGGUGUAUCGGCAUUUCAUUGCUUCUCACUGGCAUCGGUGUGUGUGUGCAUGCCAAUGAAGAUUCCUACGAAACCUAUGUCCCACCUAGACCCGGUCAAAAUGGCGGAAGUGAUACAACGGAAAUACGACAACACCAUCCGCCCUCAAUGUUGUGCAUGAACCUCAAACCCCAACAUUCGGUGGAUAUUAAACAAAUAACCGGAGAAUGGCAUGGCAACGAAAUCAUAAUGCAUACCCAAGAUGUGCCCGGUGUGUAUCGAUAUGACAGUUGUGUUACGUUUUAUUUGAACGAUGUUACGGAUCAAAUGCGUGACUACUAUCAACCCAGCUAUAGGAGAACUGAAGGCAUUCAUUCAUCGCCAGCCUCAUCAUCAUCAUCGUUGGAGGGACACCGUGACAGGACGGCCUCAUCAAUGGCACAUCGCCAUUCCAAUACCAGAUACUUGCGUUUGAUCUGGAGCGAGAAGGAUGACAAUAUUGAGUAUAAUUUCAAUUACACAAUGAACCAUCCCGGCCUGUGGACAAACGUUGGCGAGCAGCGUGGCUCGAUGGUAGCCCUCAAUAAAUACAAUCAAUUUACGGGCACCGUUCAAGUGGUUAAGGCCGUUAGUGACCAUUUGGUAUUGACAUUCUGUUCCAGUGAUCUACAUCACAGUAUUUAUACGGUGGUGCUGAGUCGAGAGCCACAAGGAUUGAGUCAGGAUGUCAUACGCAGCAUUCGUAAUUUACUAUCGAGACGUGGCCUUUACACCGAGUCCAUUCGACAAGUUUGUGUCAAGUCUUCAGCAGCAGCAGCAUCAGUUCUAAAUAAGUCCUCAUCGACAACAUCUUUGCUGGCCAUGUCCGUCUUUUUAUUAGUUUUAAUUUGCAUCUCCAGAAAAUUGCAAUGAAACCGGAAAUGAGAAUAAAGAAGAGUUAUUAGAAAAGAAAUUUGUCACAGCCCAUCAUCGCUACCAUCCUCUAAUGCCAAACCAAAAAAGAAUGUCCAGAUGUCCAAACGUGCCAAAUUGAAAAAAGAAGAAAAAUGAAAAUCUAACGAAAGAAAGAAAGAAUCCAAAAUAAAAGUAACAACAAAUAAAUAGAACUGCUUCAGCCAUCUAUGGUCGAAGACAUUUUCUCCUUAA